GGGCAGAAGUAUUUCUCUUCAGCCACUUCUGAAACUGGAGCCACCAGAGAAGGAUGGAAGGAAAACUUUACUCUAAUUUUCUGUUUUCUUUUAUUCCUGGAUAUCUGAGCAUUGAGUGGUCAUCUUUCAUUUAGAUGCAACUUUAAAUCUCUUUUUCUGUUGUUCUCACCUUGCAUUUAAACAUCUUUAUCUUUUUUCAUUCUACCUGUCAGUUUGGACAGUCACUAUUCCCACAACACUUUCUACCAACUUAGCUUUCUCUCCAUCCAUAUUUUCGGGAGGGAUUUUUAAGGAAGGCAUGAAAGACCUGCCAAGGCCAAUGGACCCAUCCUGAAAAAUCUUCAUCAACAAGACGAACUCGACCACAGAUUAAAAACAUUAAGACCCAAGAACAAAAUAAGGAGAAGGAGGAAGAAAGGAGAUGAAUCCCAUCGAUUGACAAAAUCAUCUAAUGUACAUCUUCAAGUGAAGAGGGAAUGGGAGACAAAUCAGUGAGACCACAGAACAGGUGUUGCUCUCUUUUCCUGCAUUGCAAAAAAGUGUGAUCCAGAAGUGAAGUUAUCUCCUGAAGUUCAGCAGAACAAGCAAAAGGGACUCGGUGCAGAAUCAGACCUCAUGGAUUAAGUGGUAGGUGCAGAGACUUGUGAGUGACCUGUUCUGUCCUGCACACAGAUGUUUUCAUAAAGUGUAUUGUGGUCAAAGUGGGCACAAGCUUCUCUUGACCCUCUUCGCACAGAGAGAACACACUUUGAUACAGUUGAAGUCAUGAAAGACUUAAAUCUCAGCCAGGGGUUGCUGGUGCUUCUGCUGCUUUGGACUUUGUUAGUUGUUGCUGAUGCAGCCGGUGUUGCGAGUGCAGAACGAGGAGGAGCUGCCAGAAGCCAGAGAAGAGGAGGAGGUGGCGGCAACGGCGGCAGUGGAGGAGGAAGUGCGGAAAAGAAAAGGAGGUUUCACCGCAUCCAACAUGGCCAGUGCAGCUACACCUUCAUCCUGCCGGAAUUGGAUGCCUGCCAGGCCGGAGGACCUCGCGGCGGGUCGAGUGUCGUGCAGAGAGACUUGCCGCCAGUAGACAGUGGAUGGUCAGCUCAGAAACUGCAGCACCUGGAGAGCACAAUGGAGAACAACACGCAGUGGUUGCAGAAGCUGGAGAACAUCGUUAAGAAGAGCAUGAAGCCAGACAUCGCUAAUAUACCGUCACACGUCGUUCACAACCAAACGGCCACCAUGCUGGAGAUCGGAACAAACCUCCUCACGCACACAGCGGAGCAGACGCGCAAACUCAACGUGGUCGAAGCCAAGGUGCUGAACCACACGUCUCGAAUAGAGAUCCAGCUUCUGGAGAAUUCUCUGUCCACCAACAAGCUGGAGAAAGAGCUGUUACUGCAGACCUCCGAGAUCAGUCGGCUACAAGACAAGAACAGUCGUUUGGAGCGUAAAGUUCAGAUGCUGGAGUCUCAGCAAAAAGGAGAGCUGAAGGACAUGAGGGAGGAGAAGAACAGACUGCAGUCUGUCAUCAGGACUCAGAUGACGGCCAUCGAGUCUUUGGAGAGGCAGCUGAGAGUCGCCAGCAGCAACAACACCGCUCUGCAGAGGCAGCAGGCUCACCUGAUGGACUCUGUCCACACGCUCAUCAACAUGGUGGCUACUACUACAGGGUCACCUCCUAGGGCCCAGAUGUGGAGAGACUGUGCAGAGGCUUACAAGGCCGGACACUCCGUCAGUGGUCUGUAUCACAUCUACAUCAGCAACAGGACUGAACCUGUGCAGGUGUACUGUGACAUGGAGACGAGUGGUGGAGGCUGGACGGUGUUCCAGCGUCGAUUUAACGGCAGCGUGGACUUCCAGAGGAGCUGGAGGGAAUAUAAAAUGGGUUUCGGGGACGUGUUAGGAGAGCACUGGCUGGGUAAUGAAGCCUUGUACCUGCUGACCGCUCAGGGUCAGUACUCGCUUAGAGUGGAGCUGAGGGACUGGGAGGGAAGCCCCGCCUACUCCCAGUACGACCGAUUUACACUGGCCAAUGAGAAACAGCAGUACAGGUUGUAUCUGAGAGGUUACAGCGGUACAGCAGGGAGGCAGAGCAGCCUGAUCACCCAUGGGGCCGGUUUCAGCACCCGAGACCAGGACAACGACAACUGUGACCACUGCAAAUGUGCCCUGAUGCUCACUGGAGGUUGGUGGUUUGAUGCUUGUGGUUUCUCCAACCUAAACGGUAUUUACUACUCUGUUGGCCACAACAUCAGGAAGCUCAACGGCAUCAAGUGGCACCACUUCCGAGGCCCCAGCUACUCCUUGCGCUCCACCUCCAUGAUGGUACGACCCUAUGACUUCUAACAACAUCCCGUCCACCUCCAUGAUGGUACGACCCACAGGCUUAUAACCCUCCGGUAUCAUGACGGUACAACCCUGUGGCUCCCAACAUCCCUUCAAAAUGCCUUCCUGAUGAUGUGUUACACCCCUCGGCUCCCGCAACAUGAUGGAAUGACCCGACAGCUUCGACCAACGCCUGGUGGCUCCACCAUGGUACAACCCUGACUACAGCCAUAAUGUUAAAACCCAUGCGAGUCAUGAGCACCCCUCUGCCCCACGUUCAUCCUUUUGGAAGUCUUGGAGGAUUUCACUACCAACCUUGGAUCCACAAGGGUCUAGAAAACAACUUGCAAACAUGCAAAAUUGCUAGUCUGGCACUUCUGGAGAAAAGUUCAGUGUCUGAUCAAAUCGCCAACCCCACUGACCCACUGUACCUCCUCAGCCACAGCUGUUGUGAUGUUCCAAACUGCCACACUAGAAGGAGAAGUAAAAGACCGGCCAUCAUAGAGAGGAUGGAGAUAAUUGUUUAAGUAUGGGGAUAACGGCACACAUUUUCAGGCACUCUCUCCUGAAAGACAUUCAUUGUGUUGCGCUUGUUUGUACAUACAAAGAAAUAACAAAAACAGAAUGACAAAAGAGAUCUUGAGAGAGAGGUUCAAGGCCAAAUCAGCCGGCCAAUCCCUGCAUCAAGUCACUGUGAAUGUCGGCUUCACAAAGUCAAACAAAAUUGACGGAUGCAACUGCCCAAAUCCGAUGUUGGAGAGGUGUCAGGGGCUGGGGUUUCUGAAGCUGUUUAACAAUCCAUCAAGCACCUCUGAUAGGGAAUACUGGCAGCUCCAUCUCUUGGAUGUAAAAUGGUCCACAAACAACGGUAUGAUUCAGAAAACCUGUGCAGUUAGUGGCCAUGCAGGGAGAACAUUCCUCUUCCUCCAGUGAGAAUCAGGGGCUGGUUCUUCUUCUUUGACCAACAGUUUGGGUGAGUGGGUUUCACUGAAAAAAAAUUACACCUUGGUCCCUCUGUUGGCAGAAGAUCAUAUCAUCCUGUCAUCCAUCGCAUUAAAGCCUCUCUUUCAUCUAUGAUGACACUGUAGGAAUCAAAGACUCACAUGGGCAAAUGUGAUGGACAUUUAGCAGACAAACACAGAAGUUGUGUUUAUAUUAUUAUUAUAUGUUCAUAUUAAUCAACAUUUUUACAGAAGUGGAAGGUGAAAGCAGUUCAGCCUUAAAAGGAAUAGAAAAAAGAAUCUGAUGUCGAAUCCACACUGAGGAUCGAUCUGAGGAUGAGCAACGAUGUUUUCUUCUUCAAACUCAAAGGAUCUUGAGACACAAAGAUGAUUGUGGUAAAUAGAUGUUUGAGAUGCCUUAACAAUCAAAUGGACAAACGUCCCCUUAUUGUGUAUUCUGUUAUCAAAAGCACAGACAGACUUUUACAUAAUAAAGGGAAACUGGUGAACAACUGAAGGACGGGCAGUUGGAGAGACAUAGGACAAUAUGGUUUAAUUGUUUUUCAGGAGAAGAAAUGAUAACAGCUGACUGAAUUUGUGAUAAGUUAUCACAUUUGUACCUUAUGCCAGAAGUUGGACACGGCAAUACUUUAAAUCAUGAUCGAUACACUAAGGACUGCGCUGCAUUUCUAAACAUUGAUGAAAGAAAGGAAGGAAGAAAUGUUCAGAAAGGAAAGUAACACACAAAAAAGUCCACAUUUACCUCUAUUGAGUUCUUUUAUAAGAAACAGAAUGAAAGUCUGGACAACGAGCAAAGAAAGAAAGAAGGAAUAAAUCCAGAUUCUGAAGGAGAGAAAUGUUGAUUUGAUUAUCUUCAUUAUCCAAACAGUUGAUUUUUGUUGGAAUCUACAUUUUAUCUUGGCUUACAGACCCACUCUCAUGGCACUCAUACAGACAUCUUUGCAACAUAUUAUUCAAUGGGUUAGAUAGUCCCUGUUUUUAUCUGAACUGUGUAUUCUGUCUCAGACCAUACACACACAUGCACAAAUAAAUAAUAUAGAUACACACCUGUUACAUGCCCAGAUAAAUGACAGCAUUUUUGUGACAGAAAGUGUAGCAGAUAACUGAUUUAAAGGUCCAAUGUGUAACACAUGACUAUGUUUUCAGUGGUGUCUACAGAACUUACUUAGUAGUAGCACUAGUAGUAGUAGUAGUAGUAGUAGCACUAGUAGUAGUAGUAGUAGUAGUAGCACUAGUAGUAGUAGCACUAGUAGUAGUAGUAGUAGUAGUAGUAGUCAUCUGGUUUAAUAGAAGUAAGAAAAUAAGUGAAAUUUGAACAAAUCAAAGACCACAUGUAUUAAUUGGCACAAGAGCCAACAGAGCAUGUCAACCACGGUAGUUUCUCCUACAUGCUUUUCCUCCUUAAAUCUUUAUUGCAAAAAGAGACAUGAAGUGUACAUGGAGCAUAAAGAAGUAUACAGAACAGUAUACAAAUAUAUAAGAAAUCUUUGGUAUUCUAUAUUAUAUGGAGAUACAAAAAGUCGGAAGGACGGCUUCACAGCUUGGGAAAUGGGACGUGAAUGCACCGUGAGCCUCUGGGUGCAAUUUGUAACCCUCACCACUAGAUGCCACUAAAACUUACACACUGAACCUUUAAUAGAGGUUAGAGCUCAUGUAUCGUUAGCUUACUGGUACCAAAGUGUGAAAACUGGACUGGAUGUGUCUGUAUGUGUGUUAGUGAGUGUCAGUCUUCGAUUAAACAUUGUGUGAUUUAUUUACCUGCUUCUGAAAAAUGUGUUUUAUGGAAUAAAGCUGAAGAACCAGGAGCACAGCACAGAUAUUUACUGUCUGAUAACACUACAAAUAAUGUCAGCAUAACUGCUUUUUAUGUUAAAGUAUUAAUACGCUAUUUUAGUGGCAGCAAGACCACCAGUAAAGGCAAUUUAUCCAAUAUUCUACUUCUACAUGCCAGCAGAGUGCUAAUUAGCAUUAAAGGUGUCAGUGACAACAGUGCAGCAUGCUUCAUUACCAUGGAAUAUAGACUUGCGUCUUUUAAUGUAUCUACAGUGUAUUGUGUUGUGGCAAAAACAUACUGCAAAAAACAAAGUGAAAACAUAUUCUACAGCCAUGCUAGCAGCUCUGUGACGCUGGACACUGCUGCUUUGAGCUAAAUGCUAACACCAUCAUGCAAAAAUGCUCACAAUGACAAUGCAAACAUGCUACAUUAAGCAGAGAUAAUGUUUACCAUCUUAUUUUAGAGUGUUAGCAUGCUGUGAUUUGCUAAUUAGCACUAAACACAAAGAAAAGCUGAGCCUACAGGAAAAGUCAGAGGGUCACAAAAGUCAGUAGGAUUCAUCCUCUGGGGAACACAGAUGUCUUAACAAAGUUUCCUGACAAUCCAGCUCAUAAUUGAUAAGAUAUUAAAGUCUAGACCAAAGCGAUGGACCGACCAAGAGACAGGUGUUGCCAUCUAUGGACUCACGCCGCUAGCAUCACUUAAAUCUGCACUGCCUAGUUAUUUGUUUGCUAUAGCAGGAAACCUGUGUACAUACGGUGCAAGUAAAUUACACCAUUGCUCACUCUCUUAUCAUAUCAGGUUUUCAGUGGAAUAUAUUUUUCUAUGGAGCAAUAUGUUGCUCACACUGCUACACAAAGAAACAUAAUUAACAGGUUCCUCUUCGGAGUUGAGACAACAACCUUUGGACGAUAAUCUCUAACAUGUGUGGUAGUUAAAAUGAAAAAAGUUGCCUGUAUGAGGCUUUCAUGUGGCAACAGUGAUCGAUUAUUAUCCUGCAGCAUUCUCCUUACAAAAGCUGUCAACACAGUUUUGUAUAUGAAGCCUAUAAACAUCUUUGCUGGUUCUUUGUCAGAAUAAAGAAGUCUGUACUUCACCUUUUUAAAAUGCACUUUAUGGAAAGAAAGUGGUGAAGUUUACAACAGGUGGAGUGUAAUAAUCUUUGCUCUCAUUGUUACAGUGUCUUUUUGUUGUUCUGUGUUUUUUAGAUACUGCAAACAUUAACAAAUUUCACGUCUUAAUGUUUAAACUUUUGUUCAGUCUCUGUGCAUGUGUCUCAAAGCUUGUCCACUCAAAUGUAAACAGUCUGCAGUAUUUUGUCCAAUAAAAUAUGUUAAUGAAGCCAUUCUCAAA